AUGGAUCCUGACAUGUUCCCCCCGGAUUCCGAGACACUCUUCAGGGAGUUCCUCCAGCACGGCCGCUUCCAUGCAAGCCCCCGCGCUCCCGAGCAGAUGCCCGCCCACGCCCACUGGGCGCCACCCCCAUACCAACGCGGCCCAGCCUACCCCCCUCGACGCGUCCCGGCCUACGACCACCACAGCCAGCCGGCCGGUCCCCCGGGUCCGUUCUUCUACGUGGCCGACGGCACGGGCUGGAACCCCGCGCUGCAACCCAUGAUCGACCAUGUACGGAGGUACGCCGCCUGGCACAACGGCCCGCCCCCCACGACCCAAUACGGCACGGUCCCCAUCGCCGGCCUCUGGCCCAGCUACGACCCCGCCCAAGACAUCCACACACGGGGCUCGCGCGGCGACAGCAACUGGCCGGGCCAGGCGGUCCACGGCAGCGUGACGAUGCCCCCCUCGUUCCCGGCCUACACCGACGGCAGCGACCGCCACACCCAGGCCAACGGCCGCCGCGGCCGCAGCACCUGCCCGCGCGCGCCCGAGUCCGCGAGCGCCGAACAACACAAGAACCCUGCCGCCCGGGCCGCCGGCCGGGGCAGCGUCUCGAGCGCCAGCACCGGCACCAGCACCAGCACCAGCACCUCGUCGCGCAGCAGCCGGGGCGCCGCCACCGUGGCCUUCACGGACAGCAACAACGCGCCCCCGGCUCCCCGGCCGUUCACGCAGGACUACUCCCUCCGCGGGCCCGACGGCGCCGGCGAGCCGACCCGCUGCGUCGUGAGCCUCGUGGUCGAUGGCCGCGUCAGCAAGUACAUCUACAUCAGCCCGUCCGUGUGCCCGUCGUGCAGCGCUCACGACGACGACAACAACAACAACGACGACGACAAGGGCAAAGGCCGCACCGGUUACUACUACUACUGCGCCAACCCCCGCCGCCGCGGCUCCUUCACCAGCACCGCCGCCAUCAUCAACGGCCAAGUCGGUCACGGCCCCGGUCCCGGCCACGUCGGCCCCGGCCACCGCUGCAUCCGGCUGAGCGCGCGCACGGCCGCGUCCGACGAGGGCCUCGAAAUCUUCCUGAAGCUGCUGCACACCCCGGACCCGUCGUCGUCGUCCUCGCGCCACCUGCUACCCUUUCUCUCCACCGACGCCGCCGUCAAGGAGACCCGCCGUCAGGUCGUGGUCGACAUUAUCGACGCCAUCUACGACACGCGCGAGACGAUCCGCAGAAAGAAGACCGGCUACGGCCAGCGCGACCCGCUCAAGGCGCAGCUGGCGUGCCUGGGCCUCUGGCCGGGCCACCACGACGCCGGCUACCGCUCGCACCCGCCCGUGCGAGAGAGCGUGGCCGCCCUGAUGGGCCGCGUCAAGAGGGCCGCCGACGCCGCCGCCGCCAGGGGCGACAACGGCGAGCUGAUUCUGCUCGUCGACAGGAUCCGCGCCAUCGUCGAUGCCGUGCACCUGCCGCUGCCCUGAGUUCGGGCUGCUGAGCAAGCAAGUCGCCAGAUUGCACAGGCCAAGAGAAAAAGGCAACGACGGGGAUGAGAGCUGAGGCGGAGGAGAUGAUAUUGUUCCCACAGACGCUUCCUUUACCAUCCUCACAAGACUGCUCAUCUCAUCAGGAAAAGUUUGUGUGGUUUAUUCGGGCGAGUAUCUCAAACUCUCCAUGUAACAGCAUGCUACUGCAGACUAGCUGUCAUCAAAGCAGAAAACAGCUGUUUUUCCUAGCGUUUGCCACCAUGUAAGCCCACGAGGUAAAAUAAAGCAACGAAACGCUGGAGACCUUGCUGCCACGCGUGAGUGAGUACAUCUGAGCUGUCAUCAAAAGAAUAGCCUCGCAAAAUCAACCCUGUUUUAGGUCCACAUCAGUCCAUCAUUACCUUGCCCAUACAUGUCCA